AUGAUUAUAAAUAGCUAUCAUCUAUAUUUCUUAUACAAACUAAUAUGAAAAAAGGUAAUCUUCCUCACCACCUCCAAGAAGCCAGUUCCUGCUAAAGCUCCCCUUAAGUCUACAGCUCAAAAAGAGCCUCCUGCCAAGUCUGCAGGAAAACCCUGCAAGCCCAUCUCCACAAGAUCCAAAACCAGCCAAAAAAGCAGGGCCACCUUCCAUCACAGACAACAUUGGAAAUCUAUUUGGAUCCUGUUGUAG